GGGGAAAACGGUCUCGCGAGUCUUAGAAAGGGAGUAAUUUUAAAAGAGUAAAUCCAACGAGGCGAUAUUUUCGAUCUCCUCGCGUUUCUUGUGGGGAAUGAGGAAUUAUUUUUGUAACUGGAAGCCGCAGUGAGGCGGCGGUUAUGUUCACGCUGGUGAGGCGGGGGUCACGUGACCACGCUGGGAAGAUGGCGUCGCCGAGUGCGGGUGCAGACUUGGAAGAGUCGUUGCUGAGUUUCGAGAAACUAGACCGAGCUUCACCAGAUUUAUGGCCAGAACAAAUGCCCGGAGUAGCUGAAUUUGCAGCAUCUUUCAAAAGUCCCAUUACCAGCUCUCCACCCAAAUGGAUGGCUAAACUUGAAAUAGAUGACAUUGAUAUGCUGAAAGAGUUGGGAAGUCUCACAACCGCUAACUUAAUGGAGAAAGUACGGGGGCUUCAGAAUCUUGCGUAUCAGCUGGGGCUCGAUGAAUCACGAGAAAUGACCAGAGGAAAGUUCUUAAACAUUUUGGAACGGCCCAAGAAGUAGCUGCAUCGUUGCAACCACUGGCUUUUGCAAGAAGACUCAGCACUUAUUCAGAGACGAUCACCGUCUGCUGGAGAUCUGUGGAUGCCUUCAAGUGGCAUCCAUUCACGCUGCCUAUAUAAUAGCGCAACAGAAGAUCGUAUUUUUGUGAAGAACACAUCUUUUAGCCUAUAAGGCAAAUUGUUUUUAAUUGCAAACAGAGAUCGCAAUUGUUGUAGAAGGGACAGAAUUUGGUUUAUCACGUGCAUGUCCAAUAGCGAUGUUAUUAUAUUGUGUCGUAACUAAUCUAGAUAUAUUUUCCGUGUACGGUCUGCUGUUCCCCUGUAGCAGCAGUGAAAUGAAUCCUGGUGUUGCAGUUGAGAUAACGCAGAAUGAUAGCACUUUAGUUAAAGACAUGUGGUUCUUAAUAGCACAUACCCAUCUUUACAAAAUAAAUAGCAUUAUUUCCGGUGGGGGAAACACUUACAAAGAAAAAAAAACGUGCCUAGUUAUGCAAUUAAACGCCUAUCCACAAUUCUCACCUCUGAACAUCAUGCAGAUUAAUGAGAGUGGAGCAUGUUUCAAAAGAUGUAACAGUCUUGAGGUGACUUCAGUCAAGCAUUAUACAUUUAUUUUGUGUUUUGAGAAAUGAUCUCAAGUUUUACUGUUUUACUGCCUGGCAGUAGGUUUUGUCCAUAUGUUGUGAGAGGGUGUACAAAUGCUUAGUUGGGAUGACUCAAUACUGAAACUCAUACUCUUAAGGGUAUAAAAACAGGAAGGUUUAGCAUGAAGCGCCCAAAAAGUCACCAUGUUUACAUUAAGCUACGUUUCCCAACGCAACGUUAUAAAAGAUUGGGCUGUCACACAAAGAAAAACUUUGCAAAAGAGGAUAAAACUCCUUUGACAUUUUGUCCUAUGUCAAAUAACACGCACAGUUACAUAAAGCAAUGGAAAUUGUCUCUGGUCCUUAUUAAUCCAGAGGAAGAUAAUAUGAAAAGGUUUGGAAGAGUGCAGCAGUAGCGGCAAGCUAGGAAAGUCUGAUUAAAUAAUUGAUUUUUAUUGGGGUAUAACUUUCACCUUUUCACUGGAUUUUAUUCUUCAAGUAAACAUAGUCACACUCAAUUAUUAUCUGGGUAACUUUAGGACGAAAAACAUCUAUUUAAUUUACUGUCCCUUCUUCCAGGAGGGUCUCUCAGUCUAAUGAUCAGUGAUUGAGCUACAGAUAAAAAAUUCAAGUGGUUAUAGGUAUCUGUUGAAUUUUAGGGGCAGGUUUGUAUUAAGAAAAUAAAUAUUUUAAACUGAACUUUGAUCCAAACUUUUAUAUUUGAGGAAGAUAAACAAUAGUUAUACUUUAUGACAACUUUACACAUCUAGGAAAGGUGACAUCUGAAAUGGAUGUCCAAUAGGGGGAGAGCAGGAAUCCUUAAUGUUCUCAUCCAAAUGAGUAAUAUUGUUCCACAUGAUUUUGUUCAGCCCAGACAGAUUAACUCUUACCAAUUGCGGGUUUCUGAUAACGUGAAUAUGAUCCUUUAAGAAUUUAAUUGUAGUCUUACUGAGUCUAAUGUUUAGGAAUGAAGGUUGGGAUGACAUCUUAGGACCAGACUGGAGUACAUAACUUAACCUCUGACUUUGUGUGGAAACAUCCCAAACAAAUUCUGUCUUUCUUGUUUACUUAAAAAAAGGAUUAGAUCCUUUGUUUUGAUCAUAUGAACCUAUGAGUCCUCCCUUCACCGCUUUGAUUGAAGGGUCUUUACCUGUCUACAUGUAGCUGGACCCUGGAUGUUCUAUGCUUUAGACUUGGAUUACUUUUUUGUUAGAAGUGUGAAACAGGGCUUAUUUCCUUGAGCAGCGUUGUGCACAAAUUAGUCUACUACCUAUACGCCACAUUAUAUUUUUGAAUUAAUAAAUGUGAAUUACUUUUUAAAUAAAUCAUCGCUUGAUCAUUUGAUUGCAGCCCUUAGAAAUAAACUCUCAAUUGAAAGUCUA